AUGUGGCAGCUUUUAGCAACAGCAUGCUGGGUGCUUCUUCUUGGACCUAUAUAUGGUUGUAAGAAAGGAAGCAUUACAAAUCCUGAAGCUAAUAUGAAUAUUAGUCAGAUUGUUUCUUACUGGGGUUAUCCUUGUGAAAAGUAUGAUGUUGUGACAAAGGAUGGCUAUAUCCUUGGAACUUAUAGGAUUCCUCAUGGAAGAAGAUGCCCAAGGAAAACUGCUCCAAAACCAGUUGUGUAUUUGCAGCAUGGCUUAAUUGCAUCUGCCAGUGACUGGAUCUGUAACCUCCCCAACAACAGCUUGGCUUUCCUUCUGGCAGAUAGUGGUUAUGAUGUAUGGAUGGGGAACAGCCGAGGAAACACCUGGUCCAGAAAGCACCUGAAACUGUCACCCAAGUCCUCAGAAUACUGGGCGUUUAGUUUGGAUGAGAUGGCUAAAUAUGACCUUCCAGCCACAAUCAAUCUAAUCAUAGAGAAAACUGGACAAGAGCAACUCUACUAUGUGGGCCACUCUCAGGGCACCACCAUAGCUUUCAUUGCAUUCUCUACCAACCCAGAACUGGCUAAGCGAAUUAAGAUAUUUUUUGCACUGGCACCAGUUGUCACGGUGAAGUACACCCGAAGUCCUAUAAAAAAAUUAACAACUCUUUCCAGGCGAACCAUCAAGGCACUGUUUGGUGACAAAAUGUUCUCCCCUCACACAUUGAUGGAACAAUUUAUUGCCACCAAAAUGUGCAAUCGGAAGAUAUUCCAUCAUAUGUGCAGCAACUUCAUGUUCACUGUAACUGGAUUUGAUCCCCAAAACCUAAACAUGAGUCGCUUGGAUGUCUAUUUGGCACAGAGCCCCGCAGGAACAUCUGUUCAGAACAUGCUGCACUGGGCCCAGGCAGUUAAUUCUGGUCAGUUUCAAGCCUUUGACUGGGGACAACCUGAUCAGAACAUGAUGCACUUCCAUCGGCUCAUACCUCCUUUAUACAACGUUACUGAGAUGGAAGUUCCAACAGCCAUUUGGAGUGGUGGACAGGAUAUUUUGGCUGAUCCCAAGGACGUUGAAAAUUUGCUACCUAAAAUUGCCAACCUCAUUUAUUACAAGGCGAUCCCAUACUACAAUCAUAUGGAUUUUUAUCUUGGACAGGAUGCUCCCCAGGAAAUUUACCAAGACCUAAUUAAAUUGAUGGAGGAAUGUUUACAAAACAAAACACACUUUUUUCUCUAA